CGUCAAGGUCACUGGUUUCAUAUAUGUUGCACCACGUUGCCUAACGGGUUGUAGGGUGGAUAUGCCAUUAGUGUGUUUUAAAGUUACUACCAUUUUGAAAUUACUCUCUUAACUAGUAGUAAAUAAUUAAUUCCCGUUAGCUUGAUGAAUAUGAAUCUUAAGACACUUCGUCGUCACUGUUUUUGACACCCAUUCACAUUAAAGGGAAUGAUGCCUAUUGUCAUCACGUAUCCAUUGCGUAAAGAUUUACAUCUAGGGUAUAAAAUAUUAAGUCCACUCUUCAUUCAGAAUACACAGAUGCAAGUACUCAGCGCCGUGAUACAAUCAACGGGAAAAGAAUUCGACAUGCAUGUCGAAUCAUUAAUGAUUGAUAUCGAAGUUCUCAUCCCUUGUUUUAAAAUCUGCUUCUCCACUUCUCAUAAAUUGUCAGCAUCUUGAUUUGUGAUCAUCACAUCAAUUAGCCAUUAGAAGGGAUAAGGGUUACCGGCUAUUCGCUGCUCACUAUAGUGGUUUUAAAGCCCACGAUAAUUUUGAUUGUAAAGUGGAAGGGAUAAAUAUGCAGUUAUAGAGAAAGAUAAUUAAAAAGUUGUAGGGGUUUAAAUAGAUCCUCAGAGUGAUAUGCGUUCUUGAUCCCAUGGUUUUAUGCUUUUCUCUUUUCGAAAAUUUAGCAUCACUAGUCUCACUAGUAAUAUAUUGUGGUCGUUUUUCCUACAUAAUUGACUAUGAGCAGAUUUUCUCAGCUUGCUGGGUCUUCUGAUCUACAAAAACAAUCGUGGGAUGUAAAAUCAACCUCGGAACUCUAUCCGGGGGACGAAAAUAAUUGUUCAAAUUCAAUUAAAAAAUCAAAGGAUAGAAAAUCUCGUGCUUCAAAGCGUUCGACAGAGUCCAUCCAGUCGCGUUCCACUGAUACUGCUUUAAAAAACGAUAUCGAUGGUUUGUACAUUGAACCGUGUGGAUUUCGUAAUGUAAGAAAUUCGUGUUUCCUUAAUGCUUCUCUCCAACUCUUACUCAAUAUUCCAACUUUAUGUUCAACUUUGUAUAAAUUUCGCGGUAUAUGCGUUUCUUCAGCUGAGUCCGCUUUCCAUGCUUCAGGCGUUCAAGGAAAGAAAACCCCUUUGACAGAUCAAUUGUUAGAAUUAAUUGAAAAACUCAAUCCACAAGUAGUGGAGAAUGAAACCAUACUAAAUAAUACUUCCCAAUGUUGUAAUGGUUAUGGUAAUAAAAAUGAUAAUAUUGAUAAUAAUGUCAUUUAUGCAAACAAAACAAGAGUGGGCAGCAAUUCGAAUAGUCCUGUUCCCUCAACUUAUAAACUGUCACAGUCCAAUGGUGUACAACCAUUCAUGCUAAAACAUUUGAUUACACCGAACCCAAUUUUUGGAAAAUUGCUUCAUAUGAACACAGGUUUUCAAGAAGAUGCCGCUGAAUGCUUGACUUAUCUGCUUACACAAUUACAUGAAGAACUGGGUUGUACAGCGGUAGCUAAGAGUACAGAUGUACAUCUUUUGAAUAAUACAGAUCAAAGUCAAAAUGAUUCAGAAUGGAUAGUUACUGGUCGAGCUGGCAAACACUUUCCAGAAGCUAGAAAAAUAGAACUUGAUGGUGGUCAAAGUCCUAUUGCUUCAUUAUUUUGUGGUACACUUGUAACUCGUUCUAAUCUAAGCAAAUCAGAUAAUAGUUACAAUGUUCAUAAUUAUUCAACUGUAAAUAGUCAUGCCAAAAAAUCUGCUAUCAAAGAACCAUUUUUCAUGCUUCAUGUACCUAUAGACAAUCCUCUAGUUAAUUCCGUUGAAUCAGCUUUACGGUAUUUAGCUGAACUUGAAGUAAUAGCAGAUUAUCAUAAUUCUUCUGAUUCUCAAAUAUCAUUGGUACGUCGUCGAUCAAUGAUAGAUCGUCUUCCACCGUACUUAAUUAUACAAUUGAAACGAUUUUAUAAUGAAUCUAAGGUGAAAAAUGUACAAAAUAUCAAUACAUCUGUAAAUAAAUUUAACUCUACUACAUCACAAACAUCUGUAAUUAUUCGUAAACAUUUGAAAUCAGUUAAUAUCCAAUCUAAACUUCUUAUACCAAAAGAACUUUUAAAUCAAGAAACACACUUCAGUCAUUCACAACGUAAUUAUCGUCUUCAAGCUGUUAUAUUUCAUGUUGGUGAAACAGUUGAAUCAGGUCACUAUACAAUUGCUGUGCGUAUAACUAAUCCCCUGAAAAAAUCAAACAGCAACUCUUCCACAUUUAUCUAUUUUGAUGAUGAUCGUGCUUGUGUGUUAAAUAACGCAGAAAGUAUAAAUCUCCUACUAACCACACAUCAUCCAUUAGAUACAAGAAAUUGUGUAUUCCUUCAUUUGAAAAAACCAAAAACAUUUCAAACUAAUCCUGAACACGUAAUAACAUCAUCAUCAUCUAACCAACAUCACAGUGCAUUAAACGUUUCUAUCAAUCAUCCACGCACACCGUAUAUUCUUCUCUAUGAAUCCCAAAUAGGAGUUCAUUCGGACACAUGAUGAUGAUGUGUACAUGUCACUGAAUCAUUUUCUGUGUGUAUGUGUAUGCUGGCAUUUCAAUUAUUCUUUUCCUUUCUUUUUCUAUGGUUUUGAUUUUUCUAUUGUUUGAUUGUGUAACUUUUUUUUUUAGCAAAAACUCUGAAUUAUCAUUCUUUUUCCUAUGAAAAUCAUUUGUAGACGAAGUUUUAUUUUUCUUACCAUAGCUUUUGUAAAAAUCUUUUCUUGUUUUCUGUUUGUGACAAGUUUCGGAAGGAGACCGCAGGGGGGUGGUUAACAAUAAGGAACCAUUACGUGAUUGCAUUACAUUUAUAAUUAAAUGAGUAAAUUAUUCAACAGUACAUAUAGAAUUUUGAUACAGUAGUGGGCCAAUCAGAAGUCAUCAAAUGAUGUGUGCACAUGAUCGUCCAAGAAAUAGCUUUAGUUUUUAAUUGAUAAAAUAUAAACCAUUGAUAGGCUUGAUUACCUAAGAGACAGACGUACGUGUAUGCUAAUGAGUACACAUACAUGUUAUUUGGUUCAGCCAAUUAAACUUUUUCUUACUAUUCAUCUUUCCUCUUGAGUAACAGGGCUUGUGUGUAGAAAGUGUAUCAGCAUUGAUUCUCUGUCAGCUCGUGUUAUAGCAAAUUUAUUCUAUUGUUGUUAACAAUAGUAUUCUUUUAUUAAGGGGUUGUAAUCUCUCGUUGAUGUUCAGGACUGUGACUGAUCAGUGUUUGUUGCCAUAUUUGCGUUCUGAGCAAAUUGUCUUUUUAUGGUGCUUUAGUUUACUUGGUACUUGGAUGGUUGGAGAAUUCAGGAUGAGGGUUUUAGUUGGGUCUCAGCAACUGGACGUCCUAGUGUUCUUUUAUUUGUUAUUUGAGUAGUUCUGAUGCAACUGUUUGAGGCCGGUCACGCACGACGUGUUUGCGGAUAGUUUUAAGUGUGCUAGUUCCGUACUUAUAAGACCUUACCAUAUAGGACGGAAAUCCUUUUGGCAAGGUGUGAUGUGCUGUUUUCAGGGCCUUCCCAGUCCUCUCCCGUUGUAGAAAGGCAGCAUAUCUGUAAAUGUUGGUUGAGAUAAAAAACUUUCUACCGACACAAUCCUAUGUACUCAGCAGUACGACUCGACUUGCGAACCACGAGUUUGUUGCGUUUAGUUUCACUGCUCUUCAACCAACCUGCUUGGUAUGGUAGUUUCUAAAGGAAUAAAUAUCUCAACAAUUAUAACUGGACUGGGUCAUUACGAACUCGAAACCCAACUUCCACGUCAAGGUAGUUGGUAUCAUUGGGAGGUUUGUUAUUGAUGUUGAUCACCAGUUUACUGUUAUGAUGGCAGUGCCUCGGAGUGAAUUAACGAGAUGGAUAUCAAAAAUGUGGAAUUGUCCGCUGUAUCAACAGCACUAAUUAAAAUCGAUAGCUGUCAUCGUAAGAUUGAGAAAAUGAAACGGUAUUUAAACAAAAUUAUCAGCUCAUUGGUGGGCUACUUGGAGAUGAGUUCGUGAAGUUUGGUCAGGAAGUUAUCAGUGUAGUUCAUUUAUUUCAAGAGUGAAACAGAUGUCACCAACGAUAUAGGAUAGUCACGCUCUUUCACAAAUUGAGUGAAUAUAUGAAAGUAGCAUCGGGUGUUAUUUCGGCUGUUUUAAUCAUUAACUGUUGUCCUCAAAAAUUAGGAAGUUCUGUCUUCAAUCGCCGGUCGGGUUGUAGAUUUCCGCUCUUGAGGAGUUCUAUACUAGUACCUAACAGUUGUCCAAUGUUUCCCGGUUCUUAGCAGUACUUCAACUGAAAUCAUUGUGCGAUGAAUACCACCUAAAAAUCGAAGUAAUCUCCAUAUAACCCCUUCACCUAAAAAGACAAAAGGAUUUUAUUUAGAUGGUGUUUUACCAAGCGUAUGACCGAAUUCAAAUUGAAUGUAUAAUAUAUCUAUUGAACACAUUGUUGACAAUGAUGACAUUGGUCUUGACAGUUUAAAAAAAUACUUUUAAGUAUGAUUUUGUGACAAGGUUUUCGACCAUAAUUUUCGAUACCUGAGCCUCGUGAACCUAAAAAGAGGAGAGAAAUUCAUAGAAACUACACUUCUGCAGUUAUUUUGUGUAUUACGAACGUGGUAUAUUUAAGAUGAAAUGUGAGUUUAGGGCUGUAAAAAUAACUGAAAAGGACAAUAGAAUUGAUAAUCGAUUCGACACAUAACGUAUCAGAUUGAAGUGAUUUCCUGGUUUUUCUGCUAAUUUUGCAAAACACACGGAUUGAUUAAAAGUAAUUUUCUCAGCUUCUACGAUAUAAAAGUGUCCUUGGAAUAAUUUAUAAUAUUCAGGUGAAGUAUAUAACUGCUCUAUCCAUAAUCAAAGGAUGAUAUUAAUACGUAACUGGGCAUUGAUUUAUGAAAUUGUCUACUUUAUAAUUUAUUCUAAAAAAAAAUGGAAGGAAUUUGUUUAAGAUUCAUACUGAAUGUUGUAAAAUAUUUUCCACCAAUCUACUGAUUUCCAUUUAUCUAUUGAAUGAGAUCUUGUAAUUUGUCAUUAAAGAUUAUAACACGUAACGAAUUACCAUGAUAUUAAAAAUGAUCGAUAAUGAUGUAUAUUAUUGAAUAGUAGUAAGUAAUAUAACGUUAUACACCAAAAAAGGAAUC